AUGAUUUGGCCUUUCCGUGGUAGUGUUUAAUUUUCGCCCUUCGAUAAUUAGUUGUGGGGCGAAAAUAUCCAACGUAAGUUGUUAAGUCGUUUUGUUUGCAUUGUAGUAAAGUCGUAAUAUUGUAUUUAUUCAACAACGUUCUGGUAGAAAACUACGGCGUUCCCUCAUCAAAGCAAACGUCGAUUCUUUGUAAGACGAAAAAACAGAAUAUUGAGACGGCGAUUGCUAUAUUUUUUUUCAAAGUCUGCACCGCCGAACGAACGAAACGUAUCUGUAACCGAGCCGUGUUCCAAACUUGUUUUCAUGGACUUUUCUGUGAACUGGCUCAAAAAAAUUCUACUACGGUAGUACGACUGCCAGUAUUUGAAAAAAAAAACAAACAUUUUUGAUACACAGUCAAAAUAGCCGACGCUUGCCUUGACGAUUAAAUGCUGCAGUUUCACCAACCCACCAAGUGAGAGGCGCUAUCGCACACGUAAAGUUGUUGUUCUACAAAUAACAGAAGAAGAAAGUUUGCGGGAAAAGCGAAGACAGUGACAGCGGAAGAGUGCAAGAGAAGCCGGUAAAAUGGUUCCCAAGUGUAUUUCUAUCUGUAAAACGCCGAGUUUUUCCGUCAUUACUGUGUUGCCAUUUUGUUAAAUCGGCGACGUCCGUGUAAUUCCGACAUAGUAUGUGUCGUUAAAGUCCUCAGGCUAACGCCACACUCUUACUAAAUCGCAGUGGCUGAUGUCAUAACGCUUAACUAAAACAGUGACGGCAUCAUUUGGGGAAAUUAGUCCUCAGUUAUUCAAAUGCUACUGACGUGUUGUAGAAACCUAGUAACUGUCUCUUUUGUUACGCUUAGAUUAAAAAAUAAAAAUAAACGACUCCAUGGCACCACCCAAACAUACCGAGGUGAAAAGAGGAAUCGCAGCCCUGUGGGAGACUCUGCAGUGCCCCAUAUGUUUGGAUUUGUUGACUCAACCAGUUUCUACCAAGUGUGACCAUCAGUUUUGCAAGUUUUGUAUGCUGAAGCUGUUGGACAACGCCAAGCAGAGCAGAGCCGACUGCCCGGUGUGUAAAGAAAGAAUAACGAAGAGAAGCUUGCAGGAGAGUCCGGGUUUUCAGAGACUCGUCACAGGACUGCAAGACUUGAUCCAGGCAUAUGAACAGGACACCGGCACAAAUUAUUUGACUGGACUGGCCCAGGAAGGAAGAGGAGCUGGGCUCAACGAUGACAAACGGGUGGAUGGGACACCCGACAAUGUGGAGGACGUUGAAAAGGCUCCUCCGAGUUCUCACACAUCCACAAUAUCAGCUCUCAAUGGAUUUGCAAGAGUGAUGGGGUUUGGAGAUUCCGAUCCCGUGGCUACAGAAGGCGAAGUUCAAGAUGGCUCUGUUCAGACAUCCCAAUCCAUUAAAUUGACGGAGGCAAUAGCCAACGCAUCACGACUCGCAACUCGUGGGAAAAGGCGAAAGGACCAAGUUGUGCCGGUCGUUUCGGAAAUUCAACCUCUAACGCGAAUCUCCAGGCCAAAGCGGAAAAAGGAUGAAGAGCCUGAGCAGAUCUUUGAGAACGAGAAGAAGACAUUUAAGCAGCAGGUGCUGGAGUGGCUGGAGUCGGCGCAGCCCGCGGAGGUCGCCCAAGCUUUCGACAAUUCAGACAGCUCCGCUUCCACGCCGGACCUCCAGACGUUGGGCGAGAAGGAGCAGGUCGCCAAAACGCUUGAGGAGCAAGUUUUUGGGGUCACCUACACGCGCAAGCAAAGAGGUAACCAAAGAGCCGGCGACAAAUCCCGAUCACACUCCUCAGAGAAGCUGCCCGAGAAAAGAAAGAAGAUGAGCGGCACCGAAGACAACCUUGUCCAUCUGGAAGCGCCCGCAAACAUGGACAUCUCUGAAGAACCAGGAAAUUAUGAGACUCCGAAGACGGAGCUGGACAAACCUCCAGAAACUGACGAGAUGACAAUCGUCGGAGCCCUUCAACCGGAACGCAAGCCAACAAAGAGGUUGCGUAGUGCCUCGCGGCUUGUCGACUCUGAUUUACAGGCCAAAGCCGAGGCGGAAAGUUCGGCUCCGAAAAAAACGGUCAGGCGGCGAGGCCCCUCGGAGAGAGCCAAGUCGGCCAGAGCCGUGCAACCUCUGGUUCUUGUCGGAGUUCAAGACGGAGGCGGCGACGCUAAGACUACGCUUCCAUCGGAGACGGCUCAAGUUCAUAUCGAGAACUACCCGAGCAGCGAGGACCAGGACGCCGCAGUCACCACGGGCACCGGGAGAUCCAGGAGACUUCGCUUGUCUUCCCAGAACGUUCGACAGGGGGCGAGAGCGCCCGGGAAGGACGUCAAAGACGGCGGCGUAUCGGAACUUGCGGCCCGCAAAAGUAACGGAUGCGUAUAUGACAAAGACGUCUGUGCAAUCGAAAGCAUGGACGUCUCCCACCCGGAAACUCCGCUUCAGGGCGUUGGUCCCUCUGAAAGCGAAGCGGGCGCAGAUCCUGAGCCCCCUUUGAUUCCACCUUGUGAAGGUCUUUUGGGGGCAGCUGCGCAGUCCAUGCAGAGCGCCCGGGCGGAAAAGGAGGACAGUCGCGACAGUGAGAUGGACAUCUCUGAAAUCCUCCGGAGCUUCAAGCAGCCCCAAAGGAAGUCCUUCCGCCUCACCCGCCAAAGUGGGAAGAGGAGUUGGAGCCAGGAGUCCGCGCACAGCUCCACAAAGAGAUGCCAGCGUUCCAAGCGGCAGCAGGAGCAGAGCACGCAGAGUUCAGAGCUCACGGACCCAUCAACCUGCAGCGAUUUGCUCCCCCCAACAAAUUUGCCCGCAAAUAAAAUGGAUGCCAACGCGAUGGCCGCCCCCGUUCUACUCACAAGUUCUCUCAGCAGUGCCCUCAGUCCAAACAAAGUGACAACGCGCGACACGGAAAGUCCUCCGGCGUCCAUGCUGCCUCAGGUGGUGGAUUCCGGCGUCCGUUUUCACCAGCGCCAGGAGAUUCCGGAGAGUCCCUUUGACCCCGCCGCCGCCGACGAAAACCGUUCAGCGAGCGCAACGCGACGCGUCGCAGACGCCGACUGUUCCUCGACUCCGGACGGCCUCGGAGUUCAGCCGAGCCGGCCGCUCCGCGGAACCCAAAUGAGCCUGCGCUCGUCCGCCCGCGGCCGUCCGAGCCGCAGGUCGCGGCGCUCGUCCGAGUCCUUGAGCAGCUCCCGAGACGCGCCAUCCGCUUUGCCGCCGAUCUCCCGCGGGGCCGCCGAAGCUCAGCGACGCAAAGCCGAUGAUGUCGUCGUGCCGUGUGAGAGUCCAGACUGCGUUACCGCCAGCCAGGCGUCCGUCGACUUGUUUGACUCUCCGGAAGAAUGUGACGUAGCCGUGAACGACGCAAACGUGUCUGCCGAGUCGUCGCAAUUCGCAAGCGAGGUUCUCGUUACGCAGCAAAAACUGGAGAUGCAGAAGGAGCUGCUGAGGCUGGAGAAAUUGAUGGCGCUGGUGACCGAGGUGCUCCAGGAGAAGGAGGCCAACGCCGCUGUGUCCUCCGAUGCGCCCAAAUCGGAUCCACGUGACCCAAAUGCAAGCUGCCAUCCAGACAGGGAAGACCUUGGCAGAAGCGCAGAGGAUCUCGGAAAGCGCGAUGAAGAACGCUCGUCGCGGCCCGCCGUCGACACGCCGCCGCACGCGGGACCAGCUGGAAAAUGCUGCGGCCAUUCGAAGGACAAAGAGAACGCGACUCCCGAGAGAGACGCCGGCAGAGCUAAAAUGAUCCUGGUCUCGUCUGGGUUGGCGCCCGCCGAGCAGAUGGCGGUGAGGAGGUUUGCUCGGAGAGUCGGCGCUCGUGUGGUUUCCCAGGUGACCGCAGAGGUUACUCACGUUGUCAUGUGCACAGAUGAACAACUGGUAUGUGAGCGUACACUUAAGUACUUCAUUGGCAUUGCGGGCAGGAAGUGGGUGGUGAGCUUCCAGUGGAUUGCCGAAUGCUUCAGGCAAAAGAAACUGCUGGAUGAGAGCUUAUUUGAAGUCCGAGGAGACGUGGUGAACGGAUCCCAUCACCUCGGUCCGAAGAGAGCUCGCACCACCGCCGACGACAAUCUUCUCAUGAAGGGCUACGAAAUCUGCUUCCAGGGACCUUUUGAAAACAUGACCACAGAGGAAAUGGAGUGCAUGGUGCAGCAGUGCGGAGCCACGGUGGCCAAAGACCCACUCGCGCUCGACGGCAAACGGAAAUCCAAUCAGCUGGUUAUCGUUCAGCCUGGAACGGAUCCACGCUCGUACAGCGAUCUGGCAAAGCAGGUCACGCUGGUGAGUCGCGGAUGGUUGUUGGACACGGUGGGCACCUACACCCUCCAAGGUUACGCCAACUACCUCAUAUGAAUCAACAUGUUUGACCACAUUUUUCUCAUUGCAUCUUCUGUAAAAACAUACACACACACUAAAAGACCAGAAACCUGUCAAAUGAAGCAAAAAAA